AUGCUCGCUCGCCCUUUAGCCACCUACGUCUCUCCCCUGAGAACUGCGCACCAUCGAUAUUGUGCCCGUCGUCUUAUUUCCUACACAAACCGCCUUCCAACUUCCCAACAGUCCAUCAUCAGAGCCAUCCAGUUCCCCACAACAUUCAAAUCGCAACCAGUGACUCAACCACCCCGAUUCCCCUCCUUCUCAACCUCAUCCACCAUCAUGUCCUCCGACGAUGCCUACAUGGCCUUCCUAAAUAAGGCAAACUCCGAUUUGAACGCUGGCCAAGGCUCAGCGCAAGGGGGUGGCUCCGUGCAAACACAAGCUGUCGAUACCUCGCUCAACCUCCCGGCUUCGUUGAAGAACGUCGAGGUCUACUACGUCUCAGAUACAGAUGAGCCCUUUGAACCGGUGCUCCUACGUUGGAAGGGUGCUGAACAGGGCGAAUGGCCUAGUGCUGAUGACUUCUCCUCCCUGGUUUCACCAAAUAAUGAUAUCUCACAGGGUGUCUCCACCCUUUCUACCUCCUCGUUCGAUCCCAAGAAACAAUAUUCAGCCGCUAUUAAGGCUGUUCGUGAGGCUGUAUCGAGCGGGAGUCCCGUGGAGACGGAUCUUAAGGUUUAUCGUGUCGAGCUGACCAGUACAAAGCUUGAAUACUUUGUGUUGGCGCUGGACUCAUCGGAAGGUGGUCGAGUGGUUGGGUUACGAGCCAAGUCUGUGGAGUCAUAA